AUGACCAACGUACAACAAGUCUUGCCAGUUUAUCAACAAUUCAAGGAUGCCUUUGAUAGGAAUGAAUUGGAAAAGGCCGUGCAAUUAGUGGCCCAAUUAAAGAAACUCCUUGUUCAAUUACCAUCAUUCCUUUCUAUAACAGCUGGUUUACUCAAUGACAUUGUUCUCAACGAAGAAACAACACAAGAAUUCCUUGUCAUUAGAGAAGUUCUCGAACACGCUGUUAUUUUAAGUGCCAAGACAAAAGAUUUGGAAUCAUUUGAAAGAAAUGUUAAACAAGUUAAAGCUUACUAUGCCAAUCAAUUACCAGGAGUUCCAAAGAGUGCUCGUGAAGAAUUAAUUCUCGGAUUGAAUUUGUUGAGAUUAUUGGCACAAAAUAGUAUUGCCGAAUUUCAUACUGAAUUGGAAUUAAUCCCUAUCGAUCUUCACAAGAAGAGCAUGUACAUUAAGCACGCCAUCCAAAUGGAAUUAUUCUUGAUGGAAGGUUCAUAUACAAAAUUGAGAAGCCUCCGAGACAAGGCUCCUGCACCAGAAUAUAGCUUAUUUAUGGACUUGAUGAUUGAUACCAUCAGAAAGGAAAUUGCCGAUUGUACAGAACUCUCCUAUGAAAGAAUUAGUUUGUCUGGCUUGCAAAAACUCUUGCUCUUCCAAAAUGAACAAGAAGCUAGAAAUUUCUCCUCUUCCAGAAUGUCUUGGUCGAUUGAAAAUGACGAAGUUGUAUUUGAAAAGACUGCUGAAACAAAGAAGGAUACCAGUAGAGAUAUCAUUACCAGAACCCUUUUCUAUGCAAAGGACAUGGAAAGAAUUGUAUAAAAUAUUAUAAGAACUAUCUCUUUAGUAAAUUAAUGUAAUGUCUUUGU